AUUUGGGCGCCACUGGGUUGGUUGUCAUGCACGAACUCAUUGGCAAAUACAGCCAUCCGGACAUGGACGUGGACAUGCUGAAGGAUCAGCUGAAGCGGGGUAGCUACAUGAGCGCCCUCGGACCGCCCACCCCCGGCGCUUCCGCCCCCUCGCCCUUCCUGAUGCCCGCCGAAUUCUACAAGAGCCUCUUCGCCAGCGCCGUUCUCCAGCAGCAACAGCAGCACAAGCUCUUCGCCGGAGCGCCCUCCCCCAGUCCAGGUCCCAGCCUAUCACCGUCCUCAGGUCGUUCGCAUCCACCCAGCAAUUUGUUGUUCUCCACGGCAGCUGCAGUGGCGCAUUGUGUGGCAGAGGAUGGUGAAGUGAAGACGGAGCUCGAAGAGCCUGAUCAGGAGACUGAGACGGAGACCCGGGAAAUCGCUGGAGAGGAUGAGGAGCAGAAGCCCAGCAAUGGAAAAAACCCAACACGGAAUAAGCCGCACAACAACAACGGCUACUCUUGGUCCACCAGCAACAACAACGAGGUUGUCAGUAAUAAUACCAACAACAACAACCAUCCAACAACACCACCCACUCCACCCAACGAAGCAAGCGCCACCCAAGCGACUUCAGUGUCCGCAAUUAAUUUGAAUCAAGCCCAACCCGCAUCACAGACGCGUCCAAACUUUGGCAGCUCCGUAAAGUCACCACCAACAGAACCGGACGCGGUCACCGCCGCCACGUGCAAAAGUCAGGAGAACAACUCCAGCUCGAACCCGCACUCAGGCCAACCCCAUAACCCCCACUCCGACCCCGGUCCAGUUCAGACCCCCAGUUCGAAUCCAACGGCCGCUGCCGUGGCCGCCGCUGCCGCCGCCGCUGCCGCUGCCAACAUGCCGAUCGGCGGCGUCCAGGGCCAGAACCCCACCCAGGGCCUGGUCCACUGGAUGAGCGCCGUGAUGGCCGAGCACAUGACCGGCCAGACGCACCACGAUCCGGGAGCCGUGGGCAUGCACUACAUGUGGAACGGCAACGUUGACCAUGCCAAAGACAUAAGCGAUUACAAUCUUUGGCCGCCAACGCCGCGCAGUCAUCAGCAUGCCAGUGAGCAUCAUCCGAUGUCCCUGAAGCAGGAGUACGAGGCCAAAAUGAACGAUCACCACCACAACAAUCUGCAGAAAGGUCACUUUCUGGAUGACAAUCGUCUGGAGCACCAUGCGGUUACGGGACAAGGUGGCCUCGGCCUGGGUGCAUCCAACAGCAUCGGUGGCGGAGGAGGCGGAGGCGGCUCUGUGGGUGGCAAUUCCAGCCUUGGCGCUGGCUCGCACCACGCCGCCGCCGCCGCCCACCAUCACAACCAGGCGGUGGCAGCUGCCUCGGCGGCCGCCCUGCUGGUGGUGCCCCAACCGAUCAACGCCAGCAAAAUGGGCGGACCCGGCGGUGUGGCCUCGGUGGCCGGCGGACACGCCGCGGGUGGCGGCAGCGGACGCAAGUAUCAGUGCAAAAUGUGCCCCCAGAUCUUCAGCUCGAAGGCGGAUCUGCAGCUGCACACGCAGAUCCACAUGCGGGAGGCGAAGCCGUACAAGUGCACCCAGUGCUCGAAGGCCUUCGCCAACUCGUCGUAUCUGUCGCAGCACACGCGGAUCCACCUGGGCAUCAAACCGUACCGCUGCGAGAUCUGCCAGCGGAAGUUCACGCAGCUCUCGCACCUGCAGCAGCACAUCCGGACGCACACGGGCGACAAGCCGUACAAGUGCAGGCAUCCCGGCUGCCAAAAGGCCUUCUCGCAGCUCUCCAACCUGCAGUCGCACUCGCGAUGCCACCAGACGGACAAGCCGUUUAAGUGCAACUCCUGCUAUAAGUGCUUCUCGGACGAGCCCUCGCUGCUGGAGCACAUCCCGAAGCACAAGGAGUCGAAGCACCUGAAGACGCACAUCUGCCAGUACUGCGGCAAGUCCUACACCCAGGAGACCUACCUGACGAAGCACAUGCAGAAGCACGCGGAGCGGACGGACAAGCGGCCGCCGAUCGCGCCGGGCAGUGCGGCGGCCAUUGCGGCGGCGGCCGCCGCGGCUGCUGCCGGCGGAGCGGGCAACCCCGCCAACGGACCGCCGUCCAACAACCCCAAUCCCCCCCAGCACCAGCGCAACAGCCUGGGCCUGCCCCCCGUCUCGAUCGCUCCCAGCGACAAUGGGUACUGGCCAAAGGUAAGUCCGGACUCGGCCGCCGCAGCCAAUGCCAUGGAGGUGAUGCACCAGCAACAGCAGCAGCAACAGCAGCAGCAGCAACAGCAGCAACAACAGCAGCAGCAGCAGGCGCACCACCACCAUCCGCAGCACGGAGUUCCGCCGCAGCAACAUGUCCCGCCCCAGCAGCAGCAGCAGCAGCAACACCACCACCCGCAACAGCAACCACCCCCUCAGCACAGCAUGGAGGCCCACUACGCACAGCCGACGGCGCCAAAUGGCGCCCAGAGCAACGGACACGGACCGGAGUUGCAGCCCCACCAUCGCAUGCCCGACCCCGUGCGGGAGGAUAUAGUUUCGACGCCCAGUGCCGUGGGCCCCUAUGAUGCCGCAUCCAUAACGAAAACCACCAGCAACUCGGCCUUCACGCCGAUCAACUCGAUGCCGCCGCACCUGAACUCGCUGAGCCACCACCCGAUGGCCCAGCGGCCCUAUCUCUACGAUGCCAUCAGCUUCCCGAACAAGAACGUGAACCAGAACAACGCCAACGCGUUCCCCAACCAGCUGAUCUCGCUGCACCAGAUCCGGAACUACGCCCACCAGCCGGCGGGUCUGAUGGCGGGCGAACACCUGCUGGGCGUGAGCGUGGGUCCUGGGAAGGACAAGGGGUAGCUAGGGGCCUACUUCUAAGUUCGCAGUUAAUCCAUUAUUUCUCCAAGCAGAGACGAGGCGUGCAUUCCUGUACAGUAUUAAUUUGUAGGUAGUCGUAGCCCGUAAAGGACAUUUUGUAAUUUUGGUAGAUCUUGUUUCGGUUUAGUUAAGGGUGUUACCGCGCACUUACUAAGCACACUGUAAAUGGCCAACGAUACGUACUCUAAUUUGACCAACACCGUCCAUACCUAUGUUGACACAAUGUCUUUUAACACGAACACAAGAAUCACGAUUAGGUGACUUGCUUUCAGUUUAAACCCUGCGUUUAAGAAGAAUGCAAGCUCUGUCCAGCAAAAAUUUCCCCAUCACGUACUUGGUUUUGCAAGACCACGUAAAUUACCCUGUAAAUAUAAUUGAAAACGAAAUUAUUUUCGAUGCACAAACGGAUCUCGCAGUCUUGAAUCAACGGCAGAUGUCAAAAGCUGCAAACUAAGCCGAUAUUUGUACAUAGAUAUACAUCAAACCUAAAGGAACUUACCGGCAAACGUAAUUUAAAUUUAAAUACAAAUCUUCAUAAAUAUAUUUGUUUAGGUGUAUCGUAUUAAAUACCGAUAUUUCUGAGGGAAUUUUCUCGAAAAAAAAACACAAAGAGCGAACAAACUUAAGAAAUCAAAUGUGUUUACAACUAUAGAUGGAACUAUGCGAUAGAUAAAAACUAUUUUGAAAGAACCUUUUCUAAGUAUAUGUCGGCAGUGGCAAAAACAGAAGGAAGAAAACACAACCGAAUAGAAAUGUUGUAUUACUUUUUGGAAAGACUGAAGUGAUCAAAAUUAACGAACCAGAAAAGGAAAUAAAGAAAAAUCAAACAUUUUAAAGAGCGUUUUUACCGCAGUUACUAUGCAAAACUGAAUGUGUCCUAUAAAAUUUCGUACUAAAUGGCAGAAACUAAACCUAAACGUAAAUACGAGUAUGACAACAUCAAAUGUAAUGUAUUAUUAAAUAAAGUAAUUUUAAUUUUAAUCUAAUUAUAAACUAAAUUUAAUCUAACCCAUAGCUAGUGUUUAACUCCAGAAUGCAAUCUCAAUGUAAAGACAAAACCGAAAACGGAACACAAAAAAAAAUACCUACAGUUAAGUGAAUAGCAAAAUGAACUUUGAACCACACACCCGAAUUAAAUAGAAACAUUUGAGGAAUUCAGAUAGCUGAGCUAAAUGAUUAUUUGUUUUACCGUCUAACGAUUACAGAAGAUUACAAUACGAUUCCAAUGGCUAAGAUAUGCGAAUACAAAGAAUAGUUCCCGAUUAAACGUCGAUCGCUGAACGGCGUGGAUACCCGCGGAUAUCGAGCUGAAUAUGCAUACAUACUAAUAUAUUUGUCAAUAGUAGAUGUGUGUUCCUCAGUUGAUGUAAAUUAAUUUCCGAUUAACCAGGA